AUGACUGAAGAAAUGAACGAAAAUAUGGAUCUAGUAAAUUUGCCGGGAUUUUCAUGUCACUGCAGAGAACGCGAUCGAACAGAGGUGUUUCAGAACACGGAUCAGUCUGCCCGCCUACAGUAUUGGGAUUAUGCUGCGGCCUCAUGCGCUUCCAGUUGCAAGCACCUUUCGACGCAACUCACAACGAAAUGUCCUGCGUAG